AUCCGGUUCAAAUACACGAGAAAGUGAGCGUCUAGCAAAGCACGUCGAAGUGUAGUGAAGUGCUAAUUUCAAGUGAAAAAGAAUAAUCCGUAAAAUCAAAACCCUACGCAAUGGCAAUGUCGCUAAUUCCCAUUCUGUUCCGUGACUGGUGGGAUGACUGCUUAGACAGUCCACUGAGAGCCUCCCGCAUUUUGGACCAACAUUUCGGUAGCGGUAUAACUGCCAACGAACUACUGACAGCGUUGACAGCAGCAGGAGCACCGAGGCGUUCAAGAAUCGGCUACAAUCGUCCGUGGGUUUCAUUACGCAACGAUUCUGGAUCAACGGUUGACGUGACAGGCGAUAAAUUCCAAAUCAACCUGGACGUUCAGCAGUUUUCACCGGAAGAAAUCACGGUAAAAGCAACCGACAAGGCGAUCGUCGUUGAAGGGAAACACGAAGAGAAGCAGGACGAGCAUGGUUUCAUCGAAAGGCACUUUGUGCGACGUUACAUGUUGCCGGCGGGACACGAUCAGAACAACAUUGUGUCAUCACUGUCUUCGGAUGGAAUUUUGACGAUCACUGCACCCAAAAAGGCACUUCCGCCGCCGGCCGAGGAAAAGACAAUCCCCAUUGUGCAGACUGGUGAGCCGAUGAAGAAGUUACCGGAGAAAUCGGCGGAAAAGGCAGAGGCGUUGGAGAACGGCAAAUAAGUUUGAAUUCUGAAGCUACUAACUGGUGUUCAAAUCUAAAGCCAAAAUGUGGAAUUAUUAUUAUCUACCUCAUGAAUGUUUCUGAUUGUUACCAAAGCUGCUUUUAACUUUUUUUU